UCAUGUGUUUGCGGGUUUAUUUUGUUGUGAUGUUGCGUGAGUGGUUGUCAAAUACUAAUCAAUAUGUUGGAAAAUUUUAAGCUGAUUCGGUCAUUUUGCAGCAAAAACCGCUCAUUUUCGUUUGUGACAACGCCAAUAUUUUACGUGAAUGCUGCCCCUCACAUCGGUCACCUGUACUCGGCAGUUAUCGCGGAUGCGAUUCACCGAUUCAACGGUCUCCUGAACGAGCCUACAUCACCUUCCACUACGAUAUUCAGCACCGGGACGGAUGAGCACGGUACAAAGAUUCAGCAGGCGGCUGCUAGCCACUCAGUCCCGGUGGCCACAUACUGUCAGCAGAUCUCCGAUCAAUACCGUGGUUUGUUUAAAAACUUCAACACAGCUCACACGCGGUUCAUUCGCACAACAGAUCAGGACCACGCGGUAGCAGUGCAGAGCUUCUGGAAGGCUUUGGAUGCGACUGGGAAUAUUUAUUCGACCCAGUACGCCGGCUGGUACUGCAUACCGGAUGAAACUUUUCUAACCGAGACUCAGCUAAAAGAGAAUGACCAAGGAGUGAAAGUAUCAGCAGAUUCCGGACAUCCUGUCGAAUGGACAGAAGAAAGGAAUUUUAUGUUCCGAUUGAGUCACUACCAGGAUGAUGUUCUUCAUUGGAUUAAAGGUUGCGAAGAUCGAGUGGUUCCGACGAAGUUUCAAAAAAUUUUACUAGAUUUUCUGCAAGAACCGUUGCCGGAUAUUUCCAUAUCUCGGCCAAAGGCCAGAGUUUCAUGGGGUAUUGAAGUUCCUUCGGAUCCUUCUCAGUCCGUGUACGUGUGGUUAGAUGCACUGGUGAACUACCUCACCGUAGCAGGUUACCCAAAUAAAGAAUUCCGUCAAAACUGGCCACCGACAGUGCAAGUACUGGGGAAAGAUAUUCUAAAAUUCCACGGUAUCUAUUGGCCUGCUUUUUUGAUCGCAGCGGGACUGGAACCACCUGGACAGCUACUGGUGCAUUCCCACUGGACUGUAGAUAACCAGAAGAUGUCCAAAAGUAAGUUCAACGUCAUUGAUCCAAAUGAAAGGGCCAUUCGGUAUACUAACGAAGGUAUUCGGUACUUUUUACUGCGGGAAGGAGUGGCGCACAGCGACGGAAAUUACAGUGAUACGAAAAUCGUCAGAAUCUUGAAUGCGGAAUUGGCGGAUACGCUCGGCAAUCUUCUGUCUCGCUGUUGUGGAAAGGUUCUUAAUCCGGGAGCUGUUGUUCCUGCCGUGGAUCACGCAUCACUCGAAGCAUUACUCGCUUUAGAAGUUACGCAAAAAAUGUUGGAUCUUUUAAAUGAAUUACCAGAUAAAGUCCGUCUCCAUUAUCAGCAGUACAAUUUUCAUCUGGUGGUAGAUUGUGUGGUACAUCUGCUUCACGCUACAAACAACUUUUUCGAAACCACGGCUCCAUGGAAGUGUAAAGGUCCCGACGGGAAACCACAGCUAGAAACCAUCUUGGCCCUAACGAUGGAGGUUUUGCGACAUACUGGAAUCAUUCUGCAGCCAAUCGUUCCGCUACUCAGCGGUCAACUGCUUGAUAAACUGAAUGUAGCCGACAGGUGUAGAUUGUGGCGUGAUUUGGAAGUAAAAUUCAACCAGGAGGAGCGCCCUUUGGCGAACCUGAAUGCGGUGCUGUUUAGAAGAAUAGUGCUACCUAAACCAGAAACCGUUCCAGAACCCAGAACGAAAAAGGUGAAGAGGAAAAAUUAGUGCAGUUGAAUUAUAAAGGCUGGUUUGCGCACAAAA